UUUUAAAGAAUUCUAUUUAUUUUUUUAUGGUUCAGGUUUGUAUAUUACAACAGUUUCCACUUCAAUACUCCUUAAUAAUACUUUUAAUUAUAGGUUGAAGAUUUUCUUGAAAGUCGAAAUAUACUAAAACGAGCAAUAUUACUCCUGGAUAACGCUCCUAGUCAUCCACCAGAAGAAGAUUUGGUAACUCCAGAUGGAAAAAUGUGGACAGUGUUUAUGCCACCGAAUGUAACGGCUUUAAUUCAACCGAUGGACCAGAACGCGAUUCGCCUCACCAAAUUAUUUUACCGAAAUUCUUUACUGAGCAGUGUAGUGCAAAAGGAAAAUAUAAACACAGCGUUAAAGGACCUCACCCUUUUCAAUGCAGUUCAACUUAUUGCUGCAGCUUUGGAAAAAGUUUCAGGGGUUGUUCUUGAGAAGUGUUGGAAAAACAUAUUAAUUAAUAAAACCACACCAGACGAUGAAGAUGAUGAGGACAAUAUACCUCUAGCAGAUUUGCAAAUCAGAGAAGACCUUUCUCUUAUGGAGAGCACACUUUCUUUUAUCCAUACAGUGUUUCCCCAGACAAACUUCAACACUGAUGAUUUUGAAGCAUGGAACAGUGUAGUCAAUGUACUUGUAGAAGAGAACCCGAGUGCUGAAAAUGAACUAGCUAUAGAAAUUUCGGAGGAAGGUGAUACCGCUGCAGUUGUAGCUGUGCCGCCAAUAAAGCAUACUGAUGCCAUCGACUGCUUUGAGAAGUGUAUCAAAUGGUCUGAAGAAAACAACGUGGAACAGGAAAAAAUAUUUUUAUUGAAAAGCCUACAUCAAAAGGCACAGGAUCUCAAAAUUUCUCGCCCACAAAAGCAAAUGAGCAUAACAAAUUUCUUUUCAGUUGAAUAAUACUCAUAUUUUUGUUAUAAAAUUCAACUUUGAUUAAUCUUAUUGUAUGCAUUUUCCAUUGUAGAUGUAUUUAUUUCAACCAAUGCUUAUGAAUUCAUGAAUAAAUAGUUAUUUUUAAACAUAUAUGUACCAAUAUUAAUUUAGUUUUCGUUUCAGAUAUAACGAAUAUUUCAG